AUGCGAGAUCCUCACUCUCGAAAACAACCCAGCAGCAGCAGCUCCCCAGUAGCAGCGCCCCUCCAGCAACACUCUCGCAGGCUUGCUCAAGCAAAACUUCAAGAACUCCUCGUCAGCACUACAACCACAACACCAGAAACAACACAACAAGUCAACUUUGCAGUUGCAGUAGCAGCCAAUCCGCCAUCUCCGAUGAGAACUACUCCACGAGCAGCCAAGCCACCCGUCGUGUCAGCACCUUCAACCUACGCCACACCGAUACUGUUCUUCAUCAACUUUCCUGGUAACCAGCAGCGGCAAACGGCAGGACACAUCAAGUAUCAGGCCAUGGAACUGACCAACCUACUCAACCGUGGAAGCGAAGUCUCCACGUCUCCAAGAAUGAACAUGCGCGAGAUAGCUUUGCAUUCGCUGAGCUCGGGAAUGGGAUCCGAGCGCGCGCAGUCUCUGCGUGCCGUGUCUGAGGAUGACCCAAGAGAAGCCUGGAUGAUCGUUCACACUCGGAACGGGAGCCGGCUUCACAACCACCCUCCGUCUGAAGACGCUCGAGUUCACCCAGAUCAUCGCCGACGAGCUGCAGCUGCCACUGAGAUGGCCCCAGCGGUGUCGCUCCAAGAGCUUGUUCAUGCCCAGACAAGCGUUGGGACAUCGGCAGCUGCAGUCUGUGCUAGUUUGCUUCAAGCAGAUCCUGGUACGUAG